AUGAAACAUAUUGCUCGGAAAUAUCGCACGCGUGAACUCAUACGACGUAAAUAAAGAAAGAUCUGAUUGAUCUUGCAGAGAGAAUUAACAAAACAAAAAUAAAAUGUCGGAUAAAACAAAUGAUGAAAUUGCAGCAAAAAGAGGUGUAAAAUUGAGACGAAGAUUAAAUCUGAUAACGCAAGCUCACAUCACAUUCAUCGUCGUAUUUUGUUAAUUAUAAACUAGAUACCCAUCUAUUGAAUUUCAUGACGAAAUAAUCAAAGGAUCCAUCAGUGAUUUAUUGCAUUUAAUCUGAUAACUUCUCGAUAUUUCAACUGUAAUAUACGGGGAACAUAAGUAAUUAAAAAUAGUAUAUUCAAAAUCGUAUAUAUGUUCAUCGAUGUGUUCGCGUAAUGUUAUAUUUAAACGUGAAACAUUUCGUUUUGUAUUUCACGUAAAACGUAAACCAUAACGCAUCUCACGUGUUUUGUUACCUUCUUCCCACUCAGGCAACAAUAUUCGUUUUUUUACAUGUGUGUGUUCGUAUUUUAUUACCAACACCUCACAGAGAUCAAUCUCGCGUUUGCGUGCGGAAAAUCAAAGAUAAAUCUUCGAAAUGUUAAAAAGAUACGGGAAUACGAUGUAAAUAAUGAUGUCGUGUGAACUUUCAACUUUUGUUCGGAAAAACAAAGCGCAUUAAGAAUAUUUUGUUAAACUUUUGUGCACGCUUUCCUAAUUUCCGCAACCACGUCAUCCGCGCUCUGUCGUUUAAUAUGUAUAUGUAUAUAAAUUAUGCAGUACGCGACGUGUGCAAUUAGCCUCGUGUGGAAAAUUUCUACCUGCAUCUCAUUGUCUCAUCUCUCGCUAAUAACGGGUAACUUUUGGCCCCCAUCCUCUAAUCACGUCACGAAAUUGACUUCGCCGGCACACACAAAGCGUCAGCGCCGCGGACGAAUCUCCGAAGAAAGUGCAUACACAAUACAUACACACGUCUGAAAAGUAACAAGCCGUAUAUAAUUAAGUCGCUUCACACACAUUACAUACAAGAUCGUCCAACAACGAUCAACACAAUUGUCCAACGCCCAAUUCAGACGCGCAAAGCAAUCUAACCAGAUGAUUUUAUCCAUCUAGUAGACGUAAUUAACUUGCUUAAUUAAAUUCAAUUAACGUACGUACAAUAGAUUAAACACAAGCGCAAUUUUUGCAAUUUACGUAUCGUUUGCCAAACUCGUGCUUCGCUGCGCGCCCUCGAAUUUCACGAAGAAAAAAUUUAUUUCAUUUUUUUUUCAAGCAAAUAUUUGCUUUCCAGUAAUAAUUAUUUUUAGCGGUUGAUUCUCUCGAAAGAUUUUGCGUUAUAUAUUUUCCAUUAAUUAAAUCUUCUUUUUUUAUCUUGUUUAAUAAACGUCGGGAAGUCUACUUCGUCUGCCUACACGUCAAGUGAUGUUAAGGGAAGACCUUCAACAUAUUAAAAUUUUACGUGGUUGCACCAUGGAAACCGCGAAUGAAACGGGAGAAUCGCGUUCGACGGAUUACCGAGAGACCACCGCAUCUAGACUAAUUAAUGUUGCGAAGCAUUACGAUGCCAAUCGUUGAUUAUUAUAUUCCAGCGCGGCUUAAAAGCCAUGAUUCCGAUCGCAUUACUUUAUUUCUGCGAUUUCAAUUUACUUGUCGUUGAGCAAUUCCGAAAGAUGAUGAGUGAUAUAUAUAUAUAUAUAUAAAUUGUGUAAUUUUCACAAGUUUCUUCUACAAAACACGUCGGCCGUAACGAGUGUACAGUUACAGUAAUUCGUUACAGCUAUCUGGACCGCUACCACAAUACCUCCGCGCUCAUAGACACGCCCUGCUAAUUAGCUCAUUAAAAGAUGCAUCACCAUUACACAUCGGCAAUAUUAUCUCAUAUAAUAUGUAUCGUUCAAUUCACUUUGUUGAAUACGAAAUGUUGAUAAAGAAAUUCUCGAGGAAGUAAAUAAACUAAAUUAUAAUUAAUCAAAUAAGAGAGUGAGAGAGAUAUAUAUAUAUAUAUUUGAUACUUUCGCGGUGUGUUAAAAGAAUUCUUGAAGGUUUCAAGUCAUUUUUACACCGACGUUUCAUGCACAUUUCUGAUAAUUUCAUCAAGGUUUCGAGAACAUUCUGAUAUCUGUAUAAAAGUGACACUAAUAUGACAUUAUCGAAAACAAUUUUCAAGAAAAGAGUAAUUAUAAAAAUAAUAAUUUUUAUAAUAUUCAGUCAAAUCACUUAUGAUAAAACAGUGAUAUAAUAAAAUACAUACACAAAAGUUUUAUGUAAUAAAUUUACAUAAAGUCCUUAUGUAAUUAAAAUGUAAAAGAGAAUCUUUCGAACAGUUUCUGUCACGAGUGUUUUAUUUGAAUUUUUGUAAGAGGUUAUCUCUCUCUCACGCGAAUAUAUUUCAAAACACACACACACACACACACGCACAAAGGACUUAUAUACUUCUAUAAAGAAAACCAACUCUUUUGCUGCGUAGUUCAGUUUUGCAAAACAUUAAUCUAAUCUUCUGCACGUGUAGACGUUUUAUCCGCAUUACACUAUCGAAAAAAAAAAAACUACUUUAUGGGUGAAGAUCACAUGAUCCAUUUCAGAGAUAAUUAACGUAUCUUGCCACAAAUUCUGGUUUCUACCAGUCUAAAGUCUUUUCUAAGAAAGACUUAAUUAGGAAAGUGAAAUCGAAAAUAACGAUAUUUUUGCGUCGUGCGAUUGUUCGAACGAAGAAACGGAUGCGCUGCAAUUUUCCCGGCAUUUGUGGAAGAUCGCCGAGAAACCGUUAAAACGGUCAGAAGUGGGAUAAAUGAGAGUAGUUUUACGCUGAGUGGGUCUCAGAUCAAAAAGGUGAAAUACGAUUCCUGACGGUUAGGGAAACCGUCGUUGUACACGCAGAAAAAGUACGCAUGGUUCUCGGCACGCCAUGGAUCGAAAGAUACACGCACUUUUGUACUCAUACAAGACAUGAUGCGGCACUUGCAGGUAACGGUACGCCAGAUGUUCAUAAGAUUCUCGGAGGCGUCGGAACGCGCCAAUAUGAUUAUUCGCACACGUAUAAUGACAUAAAAGAUGACGAAAAUCAAGGAAAUAUUUACAUCGGUCGUAGCGGUGAUCCGUGGAGCGCUUCGUCGCUUAAUUAUGAGGAAGACAUUCGUGUGCGCGUGUCGUCGUCGAUAACCACGACAAAGAACGACACGACGAGAGCGCAGCAAGUCGCGAUGAACGGGAAAGAGACGAGUCAUACUAGAUUCAAGAGAGGGGUGAUACAUCUUUACAAUAUGGUAGUAUGCGCCACGGGAUGUAAUCCUUUGGCUUACAAAGGAUACGGAUGCUACUGCGGAUUUCUAGGAUCCGGCUAUGUAAUCGACGGCAUCGAUCAGUGCUGUAAGAUGCACGAUUGGUGCUACGAUGCCACAGAAUGUGCUAUGUUCUCGGAGUACUUCGUUCCGUAUUACUGGAGAUGUUAUCACGGUUACAAACCUGUUUGCGCGGUUGAGCACGGCAGUUGGGGAGGAUCGGGAUCCUGUGCUCAGCGUUUGUGCGAAUGUGAUCGCUCGUUAGCCGAGUGCCUGAAGAGAUAUCCUUGCCCCACCACCAAAGCAGUUUGUACCUCGUCAGCCUGGAGACUCGUGCAAAAUCUCUUUAUGAUAAUAUGACGUUGUGUAAUAUAGUUUAUUAACGUUAUUUGCGUUUUUUUAAUAACAGACAUUUUAUAAAAUUACGACAAAUUCAAUUUGUCUCAUAUGAGAUAAGAUUUGCUCUUUAAUUUAUUUUCAACAAAAGAGUGCGCACUCGUUCAGAGACUCGUGUCGACCGUUAUAUCGAAAGCGAACAUUAAAUUGCGCAAGUAUGUUAAGCAACGAAAAAAUGUCUGAUUAAUCUUGCAAAUUCAAGUUUUAUAACGCCUAUAAUAUAUAAUUUCUAAUACGCAAACCUGUUUCGUCAAUAUUAAAGUUUACAGAAGAAUAAAGACUCAUAAAGUUUAUGGAAGAGUAAACACUCGUACUAUUU